AUGAGAGGUAUUCAACAAGGAACGGGUGCAGCUCUGCUGCUCUCGGCACUUUUUGCGAUUUAUCAAAUUAUACCAUCAACCAGUGCAGCUCCAAUAGAUUGCCAGAAGAACACUGCUGUCUGCUUAGAACAAAUUAUGAAGGAACUGACCCAAGUUCGAUUUGGGAUUAAAAUUCUGACGGAGAACAUAACAUUGGUAAGAUCUAAAAACUGUGCUGAACUGUACAAAUCCGGUCGAAGGAUCAGCGGUGUUUACACAAUCGACCCAGAUGGUUCAGGCGCCUUCAAUGUAUAUUGUGACCAUACAACAGCUGGUGGGGGAUGGACAGUGAUCCAGAAGAGAAUGGAUGGCUCGGUUGAUUUCAACCGCACCUGGAAUGAAUACAAACAUGGCUUCGGUAAUUUGGUCGGUGAGUUCUGGCUCGGACUGGAUAAGAUAAACCGUCUCACAAGAAAUAAGACAAAAAACAAGCUUCGAGUAGAUCUGGGAGUAAAAAAUGGGAAAACUGUUCACCCUGAGUAUAGCUGGUUUGGCAUUGGGAACGAGACAGCUGAGUACAAGCUGUACAUUGGCAGUUUUAUAAAUGCCACUGUUUCCCCUGAUUCCCUAAGUCCUCACGGAGAUUUCAUAUUCGGUACCUGGGAUAGAGAUCCCGCUGGUUGUACUCAAAAAAGAGGUGGAGGCUGGUGGUAUGGCAACAGUAGUAAAUGUGCUGUUUGGUCAAAUCUCAAUGGUAUUUAUCCGCGUUGUGGAUAUAAAACCUGGGCCGAUAUUCAUUGGGGAAGAUUAGUUCCUACCAGUGCCGCCAGCAGCGCUCCAACAUCAACUGAAAUGAAAAUUAGACCAGUGAAAUUUAUGCGCGAGGCCUAA